GUGAACAUGACCAGUGCUCGUCUCCUGUUCCCGCUGUUGAUUCCCGUGCUGCUAGACGCAGUUGCUCCUCCGCCAGCCAGAAGACCCAAUGUGGUGAUGGUGAUCUUCGAUGAUUUGCGUCCCGUGAUUGGUGCAUAUGGUGAUCCACUGGCCAGCACUCCUUAUCUAGAUGAUUUUGCCAAGGGAAGUCAUGUCUUCACAAGGACUUAUAGUCAGCAAUCUCUGUGUGCCCCCAGUAGGAAUUCCCUGCUCACAGGUCGAAGACCGGAUACUUUGCAUCUGUACGAUUUCUACAGUUACUGGCGCACUUUCACCGGAAACUUCACCACUUUGCCGCAGUACUUCAAGGAGCAUGGAUACUACACCUACAGCUGUGGCAAGGUCUUCCACCCGGGCCUCUCCUCCAACAACACGGAUGAUUAUCCUUUGAGUUGGUCAGCUCCAGCAUUUCGUCCGCGAACAGAGCAGUUUAUGAAUUCACCAGUUUGCCCGGAUAAGGAAGGAAUUCUCCGGAAGAAUCUCAUCUGUCCGGUGGAACUGCAAACGCAGCCGUACAAGACUCUACCGGAUAUUGAAUCCGUUUCCGAGGCUUUGCGCUUUGUGGAAUCGCGGAGGAACCAAAAUAGAGAGCCAUACUUUCUGGCUAUGGGUUUCCACAAGCCGCACAUUAAUUUUCGGUUUCCACGGCAAUUUCUUUCGAGAUUUAAACUCUCCCAGUUCUACAAUUACACGGAGGACAGUCUGAAACCGCCGGAUAUGCCGGCAGUGGCCUGGAAUCCCUACACGGAUGUCAGGGCCCGAGAUGACUUCAAGCACUCGAAUAUAUCCUUUCCCUAUGGACCGAUUUCCCCGCAUCAGGCUGCUCAGAUACGACAGGGUUACUAUGCCUCGGUGGCCUAUGUGGAUGAUCUGUUUGGCAAGUUGAUCGCAGGAUUGGAUCUGGAUAAAACGGUGGUGGUGGUGCUGGGCGAUCAUGGUUGGUCCCUGGGCGAACAUGCUGAGUGGGCUAAAUACAGCAACUUCGAGGUGGCUCUCAGGGUUCCUUUAAUGAUAAGAACUCCCCAGUUCCCUCUCACCCAGACGAAGUACUAUCAUGGUAUCACAGAACUGCUGGAUGUAUUCCCCACUCUUGUGGAUCUGGCGGGUUUACCCAAGUUACCUGUUUGCCAGGAUUCCCAAGAGUUGACCUGCGGCGAGGGCAAGAGUCUUUAUUUCCAGCUAAUGGGUUUGGGUAGGGCUGAUGAGCAUGUGGCCCUCAGUCAGUAUCCCCGACCAGGAAUGCUGCCCACUAAGCAUCCGAAUAGCGACAAACCCAAGCUAAGGAAUAUCAAAAUCAUGGGCUAUAGCCUGAGAACCGAUAUCUAUAGGUAUACGCUGUGGGUGAGAUUUCAUGCCCAGAACUUUAGCAGAGACUGGCACGACGUGUAUGGCGAGGAGUUGUACGAUCAUCGGCUGGAUUCUGGAGAGGAGUUGAACCUGGUGCCCCUGCCCGAAUUUGAUGAUGUCCGCCAGCGACUGCGCCGGCGUUUAAUGGAAGUCGUGGGCAGCUAGUGGAGAUCCGAGAUCGGUGAUCGGAGAUCCUUCAUUUCCCCUUUUGGAAUCCCUCUGAUUUUGAAUAAAUUCAUAAGCAAUAAAGGCAGCGCGACAAACGAUCUCGAGACGGGACGGCGAAA